GAGUGAGUUUGAGGCCUAUAGAAGCUCCAGCAGCUCCAAUAACAGGCAAAGCACUCUGUCCAUAGAUGACGAUCCCUACGAAAUCCGCGAUGUUUGGGCCUGCGAUCGAGGAAGAGUUCUGCACCAUGAGUGAGUUUGAGGCCUAUAGAAGCUCCAGCAGCUCCAAUAACAGGCCAAGCACUCUGUCCAUAGAUGACGAUCCCUACGAAAUCCGCGAUGUUUGGCCUGCAAUCGAGGAAGAGUUCUGCACCAUCAGGCGCCUGGUCCAAAGGUACAACUACAUCGCAAUGGAUACUGAGUUCCCAGGCGUCAUAGUGCAGCACGUACGAAAGUUCAAGAGCCUUAUCGACUAUCAAUAUCAAGCGCUGCGUUGCAACGUGGACUAUCUCAAGAUUAUCCAGGCGGGUCUCAGUUUUGACAAGAACGGCAACAAGCCGGAAGGCCUUUCCACCUGGCAAUUCAACUUCAAGUUCAUCUUGUCGAAAGACGUUUUCGCGCAAGACUCGAUCAACUUCCUGGUGAGGGCUGGUGUAAUGUUUCGCAGGCAUGAAGAGGAAGGCAUUGAGGAGUUUGAGUUUGCCCAGCUACUUAUAACUUCAGGACUUGUUCUCUCUGACGAAGUCAAGUGCCUCACUUUUCACAGUGCCCACGACUUCGGUUACAUGAUGAAGACACUGACCGGAGGGAGCCUGCCCAUAGCUGAGGCAGAUUUCUUUGAGACGCCAAAGUUGUACUUUCCAUCUAUUUACGAUGUCAAGUACCUAAUGAAGGGUUGUGGAAACCUCAGGGGAGGCUUGCGGGAAGUGGCUGUGCAGCUCCAGAUACGGCAGUCAAACGUUCCAAGGUCACGCAAAUUGAGGUCUUCCCGUCUCCAGGAACAUC